ACGAGAUUGCGAAAGUAACUAUUUGUCAGGCGCCUGUAAUGAUUCUGUUAUGGGUGUCAGCAUUUUUAGUGCACUUGGCUCUGAUCUUGUACAUAGCAUUACCGUUGAUUGUAGAGAAGUUUCCUGCUUUUUGUCGGCGACUAGUUUUUAAAACACACAGUGGACCUAGCUUUGGUUCCCGAGUUUAUACACACUUUGAAUCUGUGGACAUCCCUAGUGGGCAUGGCCACAAUUUCUACAUCGCUUCUCUAGAUGACAAAGCUCUGUUAGGAGUAUGGCAUAUUCUUCCAUCGAAUAAUGAAGAAAUUAGUGCUACCGAUUCACGGAGUUAUGAAGAAAUAAUGAAUUCAUUGCCUAAUGAUUUGCCUGUAUUUAUUUAUUUCCAUGGCAAUUCUAAAUCAAGGGCUAUUCCUUGGAGGGUAAACAUUUAUAAACUAUUGUCAUCUCUUGGCUAUCACGUUUUUUGUUUCGAUUACAGAGGUUAUGGCGAUUCAACUGGGUCAUUAACCGGAGAAAAUGACUGUCUACUGGAUAGUUUAACAGUUUUUCAAUUUGUUUGUAAACGGUUUCCUUCAGCGCCGAUUUUCUUUUGGGGUCAUUCACUUGGUACUGGGGUUGUCGGUUGUCUUAUGGAUCAUUUAAAUAAAGAGCAUGAUUCUUUACCAAAUAUUCGUCUUCCAAAAGGUAUUAUUCUUGAUGCCCCAUUUACAUGCUUAACUGAUGUGAUACAUCACAGAAUAUUCAUGAAGCCUUAUCAAUUAAUGCCAACUUUACAGGAACGAUUUGUAUCGGCUAUGAACAAAGUAAAAUUGUCAUUUAAUACACAGUCUAACCUAAUAAAUUGUCCCAUUCCGAUAGUUAUAUUACACGCUGAAGAUGAUGCUGUUGUGCCAUUCACUUUAGGAAAAAAGGUAAUCAUUAUAACAAUUUCAUUUGAUAAAAUACUUAACGAAUUCAUAUUUCUUUGUUGAUUUUCGGAAAAGAAAAAUAUCAUGUUGAGUAAUUACACUGGGUUUUGAUUGUGUUUACUCGGGUGUUGUUAAUCACUCAAUGUAUGUUUUUUUUGUCGAGAUCAUUCAUUAACGAAAUUUGUUAGUUCUGAUUUUGAGAUUUGAUAAAAGAUAUAAAUUAAGAAAGAGUUGAAUAAAUAUGAUGGAAGGUCUUAUGACUCAAAGUUAUUGGUUCUUUUAUCAUCAUGAAAAGUUUUCAUUAGUUAUUUUAUCAUUGUAGAGCAUGAAUUUAGUCUGUUAUGUCUAAGCUUUUAUUUGUCAUUAUAAUUCACGAAUUGAAGAAAUCCCUCAAAAGUAAUAUCUGUAAAAAAUAACUUAAAUUCCACCUAAGAUCUGAUAGUAAUGCUUUAAUUAUGACUCAGUGAAAAAUAAUGCAUCUAUUAUAUAAAUAUUUCACAUUAUACUGUACGAAAAGAAUAUGCUAGACAAGGUGGAAAUUAAAUAUUGUAAAUAGAAAAAAGUGGAAAAUAAUCAUUUGAUCAAUAAGUAAAUAAAUAAAGUAAUAAAUAAAUCAUAUACUUCAAUAAAUACUACAAUCGAGAUAAGGUUCACUUUAUGCAUGCGAAGAAUUUACUGAAACCUACGGAAAGAAUUCUCCCAGCCUCAGUUCUGGGCCAUGUCUAAUAGCAUCUCAUACCACUGAAAUUGAUGAUCUCUUGGGUUACAAUUGAAAAGUCGUAACCGACUUACAGAUGCUAGUCCUAUAUAAAUUUCGUACCAUGGCUUUAUGUCAUUCACUGACUAUCUUCCGACUUUUUUUGAUCAUCUCUGGUUUCAGCACAUAAUGUGCCAUUAAUUUGAUAUCAAAAUUAUUCUAUUCUCCACCAGAUAAACCUUUCAUGUACACCAAUCCACUGUAAACACUAGAAAUUCAUUUUUAUUCUUUUAUAUUUGCAUGAAUAUCUAUCUUGUGUGAAGCCAGAGGUAGUGUUUAUCGUGGACAGACAAUAAACACUCCGUCACUUGACAGCAUUUAAUCGGCGGAAAAGACCUCUUUACACUCUCGAUUUUACUAAGACAUUUGAGGAAAUUUAAAAUAACUACCACCGGUGAAAUCAGGUAAACAUUGUUUCAAGAAUUUGAGUAAUAAAAGCUAGUCACUAAGGAAAAACAACGUUUUUGUUGCUAUAUUCACCUGAAUUUCCAAGGCUAAAUAUUUGGAAAGUAUUGUUAAUUCUCUUUAUCAUAACAGUUCUUUAUUGAUAUUGACCUGAAUUUUUCUGUGUUGAACUAUUACUUUUAUGAAUAAUAACAAAUAACUAUAGCUUGCUGAAAUUCUUUCAACUAAUGGUACUUCAGUAUUCUUCAAGCCGUACGAAGGCAAACUCGGUUACCGACAUAAUUUUAUUCACACAGCACCAGAUCUUCCGGAUUUUAUUACGUAAGUACUUUAGUGGACGAAAACUCAGGUGGGAACAACCAAUUUAUCAUUUAAUGCAAAAUUACAGAGUUCUUUCGUAAAAUGUGAAAAACCAUACAUUAAAUGCCUCAUUUGCAAAUCUUCCAUGAAUUGUCUCAAACUUCAUCGCUAUUAAAAUUACUCUCUUCUUAAUUCCACGUUCUUUUCAAGUCUAUCUUCGCAACCUUCUGCUGCCAGUCAUUCCACUUCUGAUCGGUGUCACAUACUACUUAUGUCCAUCAACAUAAGUAGCACUCACCGUAUUACUAGCGUUUUUUAAUGUAUGAGGAAUUAAUAUGUUUAACUUGGAACACCUUGAAUUAAGAUAUUUAGUACAGCAUGCUUAAUAUAUGAAAUAAAACCGUUUGAUCAGUUCAUUUAACACGUAUCUUAACAUAAUUAAUUUCUUUGGUUGAUAACUGAAGUGUUUAAUUUUCAAAAUGAGGUUGCCUAUGGGUUCAUUGUUAAUAUCAGAAUAAGCAACUCAAUAAACUAAUAAUUUAUGCACACAUAAUAUUUUAGUCAAGGAAUAAUGACAGUAAUGAAUUUUGCACGGAAUAUUUGACAAGUAAAUGAAUUUCUGGAACAAAUGGGACUGAAAACACCAACGAUCGAAUCCUUGUUGACUUCCAGAAAAUGUUAAUUCCAACGUAAAUAUAUUGCUGCACUCUGUAAGCAGAAGUAAAAUGUAGGAUUUAAAAUUAUACAUUUUUCUUAGGUUUGUCAAAUAAAGUUAAUUACGGCUGGUUUUAUUUAUUGAAUAAACUAGUGAGAUAUCUAGUCCAUUUACCGAAAACAUGUUUCAGAUGAAUGAUCAAUAGUUACAGUGAAGGGUUUAAGUAGUUGGAAUUCGGGAAACCACUUUUUUAGGCGCUUGAUUUAAUAACUCCAAUAUCAUCUUAUCAUAUUCAAUUUCAAACGAAAAACGCACUUAUUGUCCAUUUAGUAUAAUACUCACGCAUUUCCAACUAGGAAAUCGUAUAUAUUGUUGUACAAUAAUCUAGCUAGUUCAUUGACAGAGAUGUAAUUCUCCGUAGUUUUCAUGCCUUAUAUAUCAAUUGCACGAUUGAAAAAGCGAAAAUAUUUUUCCUAAAAGGUAAACUGUACACAUUUUGUUUGAAUUGCAAUCGAUAAUUACAUGUAGACUUUGAAAAAUUUCUAGUAACCUUUCAAAAUAACUAACGGUUUGGGUAAAUCGUGGUAUACAACUUUCCACUAUCUAACAACUGGUUUCUACCUAAAUAAUGUUCUCACUAGGUUACACUGAAAUCUGUCAGGUUUGUUUCAAACAUUUCGCGAGUCACUUAGUUAAACAUCAAAACUCACAAUGGGAAAGUUUAAAUGAACUCAAGAUGACAUUUCAAACGUUUCCCGAGUCGCAGCUGGAAAGAAUUUUUAUUUAAAUCAUCCGCUUAGGAAGUGUACUAGCGACUGUUUGCUUUUGGAAAACAUCAGUUGAAGUCCCAAACUAAGAGAUUCUAUUCCUCGGAAUGUGAUAUGUCAAAAUUGCUCUCUCCCAACUCUUAGGAAUUACUUUGUUUGUUCUUAUUAAAAAGUCUUGCUUAAGUAAAUUCAUUAACUGUUAUAAAGGAUUCACUUUAUAAAUUUUCUGUAAUUCAUCAUCAAGCGUAGGUUACGUGUGGAAUUUUGAACAUAAAUGACUUUACAACACUGCUAGUGUAUCAGUGAAUUACUGAGUAAUUUUAAGGGGUGGAUACAAUGGUCUAGACAGAUGAAACAUUCACUACUGGAUUUGUGAAGUUGAACCAACUCAUUUAAAAACAAUCGUACAUUUAUGAAAUGCUUUUUAGUUUACUGCAUUGUUUCUACGCGGAGCAUUGGUUAUAUUGAGAAAUGUUUGACAUAAGGCUUAUUACAAUAUAAUAUAAUAAUGAUUCCAGUUAUCUUUCAAAUAACAACUACUUAUGUAUUUGAAAGCAAAUAUUUUUCCAUUAGAAUAUUUCGCUCUUUUAUUAAAUAAUCUUUAGAAAAUGUUUUCUUUAAUCUUAUUCCCUAAUAUUAGAUCAUUUGUUCAAUCCACAUUGUCUGGAAGUUUAAAUGCAUUAGAAGAUUUAAUCAUUUGAAUUUGAUGGUGUAGAUUAGAUCACUAAAUAUUCGAAUAUAUUCUAUUUUCAAUAUCUGUGUGCUGUAUACGAUCUAUCAGCUGACCUGGUUUUAUGACAUAUAUCAUAUUACUUACAAUCUGUCAAAUGAUUACAUCAUUUUACAAUUUGUUUCUGUUGUGUGCUAUUUGUUUUGUUUUUUUUUAAAAUAAACUUAUUUUUAUUGGCUUAUUUUAUAAAAGUUUUUCUUUUUGUUUUUACUUUUGACUCAACAUUAAUUUUUUUUUUCUGUCUUAAUAUUUCAGAUUGCUUAUUUUUUAUCUCAUUAUAGUUUUAUUUAUUAUUAUUCUUAUUAUGGUUUCAUCAUCCAGGGAUAUUGUGCCGUAAAGUAUCAUUAUUUUUGUGUGUGUGUGUGUUCAGUUAUUUUUCUUUCCAUUGAAGUGAACGUUCUGAAAUGCAUUAUGUGUAAAUUACAUUCAUGCUAACAUACAUUGUGUUUUAGCUUUAAAUCUAUUUGAUAUAAUAUGGACAAUAUAUAUGAAAAGAUGUUUAAAUGAAUAUAGUUCUAUCU